AUGGCAUCCGCAUCCCAGAGUCAACAUGCACCAGAAGAAGCACCCGAUCAUGCCAGUGCAGAGCCACCUUAUACAAUUAACUCUGAGGAAGUCUCAGCGCCUAAUCGUUCAAAGACUACGGAGAAAGUUGCCAUCUCUGUGUCGCAGCGCUCCUCUGUAGACAACUCACAUCCAGGCACAUCGGCAAGCAUGAUUAGUGGCACUAUCCAAGCAGCAUCAAACAGCACAAUUGACAGUAUGCACGCGUCAAUAAACACUGCAAAUGAGGACCGCAGUGAUCUAGGAUCGGACGAGAUAGGGGACUCGAAAAUAGAUGAUCCGCUUUCAGAUGAUGAGCCGGACGCUUCAUAUGACGCGAAAUCUUACCAGGAGGACUAUGAAAAAUCUAGAAAGAAUCUUUUGAGUAGCUUCGUUGAUUUUACCCGAGCCACUGAUGAACGCAUCAUUGCAUUAGAAAACUUCGCUUCUCGCAUUGACAGAUAUUCGUCAGGGAGCGAAAGCGACGACGAUGUAGCUUCGAAUGACUACGUGGAUUCGGAAAGCCCAGAAAAUGGAAAAGAGAAAAAACGUUUGAGGUGGCCAGAUAUCAUUCUCACCGUCAAAUUUUAUGAUGCUCAUUGGGAGCUAAGCAGUCAAGGCUUGCCGGUAUCAACGACCAUGACGCGUGAAAGUUCAUUCUCUACCUUUGGUGGGCCUCGGUACAUCGUAAAGGUACUCUAUAAUCCCAGUCCAGGCUACCCACAGACAACGUCGCGUGAACACCGUCGAAAUGAUCAGCAUGCUCCGUCAAAAGAGGAAAUUGAUAUCGUAGCUAUUAAAAUAGCAUCGGAGCCAGUCAUCUCGCUUCUGGAGACCGAAUUUGGGAAUAUCGCAUACGAUCGUUCUACCAAGAACUUUGUAGCGACCUUCACAAAGCCUUUUCGGCCACUUUUACGCCAGUUAAAGCUUUUAAAAGACCACAUUGCAAGAGUUGAAGAUGGCAUAAGGUUUCCGCCGACGGGCAGCUCGAGCGAGACGCCUAGUUUUGCAGAUAAUGUUGUGACGCAGGAAUCUAACAAGCUCAGUAAAAAUGACGAUGAUUUCACAACGGAUGCUUCCAGAACUGUUUCUCGGGGACCGCAUGUUGGGCUGAGUGUCAGUCUCUCAGAAGAGUUGGAGCACUUUAGGAUCGUGGUGACUUUCAUCGAGUGUUAUUUUGACAAACAAAUCAAUCUACAUAAGAGAAUUAGAGCAGGAAAAGAAGACAAAGUAGCCUUCGAGAACUUAUGGAUGCUUUUCGAGGCUGGCGAUACUGUCUUUGCCCCCUCCACUGGCGGGGAGUCCAUAUAUAACACUUACGAUGCGUCUGGGAAUCGCAGAGAAGCUACUUCUCAACAGGCCGCAGGAAGGCCGUCUGGCCCACCUAUGUCCCAAGAGUUGCACGUUUCUGUACCGAGAGAUGUCCCACAGGGAUAUCGUGUCUCAGCGGAAGCUGGGGGAAUACCCCUUAGAAAAGCACUAGCCCCACAUGGCUCCCUUACCAUGGAUGAGUAUAAUAACGAGGAGAUAGCUUCCAAUAAAUCUCGCCGCACUCACGAGGUUUUAGCAGAUCAGUCUGAUGCACGAUCAAGAGCCACAUAUACACCACUCUGCGUCUACUGCUUUUACAUAGACUAUAACGGCGAGAGGUAUGGGACCGUAUCCGAGGUUUUUAUUUUCAAACAAUUCGACGAAGAGAUGGAAAUAAGAAGUCUGGACAUUUGCCCGCUAUUCUAUCUUGACGACCGUAUGAAAAGUUUGUCUUGUGAUCCCCAUUCAACUCCACAGGCCAUCAGAAUACCAAACUAUCAUUCUAACAUGUUGGAGGGACGUGGCAAGAAAUUCAUGACGGCAACGAGAGUGUCUCACAUGAAUUAUGAUGGGCUCACUGUGGGGAAGAGUAGGGAAGAGAUUAACACCGCUGUGAUUGUCGACUUUAAAUUAGCAUUUAAGCAAUACUGGAAGUCAUUUGAAAAUGGUGCGCCCAAAUUCUCGCCCACCAUACCUUUUUGGUACUACCUGGAGGGUGGCAAGGCCAUCGAGAUCUCCCCGGCAUGCAUUGACUGUUUGCGGAAGGGAAUCUGUGACAAUCUCAUCCACAAUCGAGAUCUAUUCUUGUUUCACCAGUACAACCAACUGAAAACUAUUGAGUCAAAGCUGAGAGAUUUCUUUGACGGCUUGGCACCCAGCAAGCUAGAUCAAAACAAUGCCGCCGAUAAAAUCGCUACUUUCAUGGAAAAACAUGAUCUCGUGAAGCUGCUUCCAGGUGUCGCCCCUGCAUUUGCAUUGAGACAUCGAAAAUGGGUCAUGCUAGAUCUUAGCCUGUUGAGUCCCGUGGAGCUGGAAGAUGGGUGGAAAGAUCUCGUUCUUCCUAAAGGACAUCGGGAAAUGGUUCAGGCCAUGGUAGAGACACAUGCAAAAGGCUCUAAAUUCGAUCUAGCCCAACCUCAAGGAAAACUCGCCAUGGAUCUUGUGCGAGGAAAAGGUAGAGGAUGUAUUAUUCUCCUUCACGGAGCUCCAGGUGUUGGCAAAACCUCAACCGCAGAGUGUGUCGCGGCAUAUACACAACGACCUUUGUAUCCAAUCACUUGCGGUAAGAAUAGCACCCCCGAGGGAUUGAAACGUCGACUUACUGUGGCAGGUGAUAUUGGUUACCUUCCUGAGCAAGUUGAAAUGAACAUGGAAAAACAUUUCAAGCUGGCACAUGAAUGGGGUUGCGUUCUCUUGCUCGAUGAAGCGGAUGUCUUUCUGGCCAAAAGAAAUAAGGAGGAUGUGAAGAGAAAUGGGCUAGUGUCUGUAUUUCUCCGAAUACUGGAAUAUUACUCAGGCAUUCUUUUUCUCACAACUAAUCGGGUCGGAGCCAUCGACGAUGCAUUUCGAUCAAGACUUCAUUUAACGCUCUAUUAUCCAAAAUUAAGUAAGAAGCAAGCAUUGAAGAUCUGGGAGACAAAUCUCAAUCGAAUGAUAUCAAUCAAUGAAGAAAGAGUUGUAAACGGGCUUCCUCCAGUUGAGUUCAAUCACGAUAAGAUCAUCAAAUGGGUCAAGAAAAAUCACCAUCUAUUACAGUGGAACGGGAGACAGAUUAGAAAUGCUUUCCAAACCGCUGUAGCUUUGGGAGAAUUCAAGGCAAAAGACAAAGCCAAAGAUGGGGAGACGCCAAUACCAGUCAUGGAUAUCAAGCACUUCAAGAUCAUCGGGAAGGCUUCUAUGGAAUUCAAUCAAUACUUGCUGGCGACACAUGGAUUUACUGAGGAUAAAGCGGCAGCGAGAGAGCAGUUGCGAGCCCAUGAUGCAGCCGAGAACAUGCAGAAAGCAAAAACAGAAGCGGCUCAAAGAGCUGUCUUUGACUCGGAAGAGGACAGUGAUUCAAGUUCUAGCUCCGAAGAGGAUGUGUCACAAGACGACGGGGCGUCGGGCUCGGAAAGCGAUUCCAGUGAUUCCCAAAAAGAGAAGAAAAAGAAGAGUAAAGAUAAGAAGAAGAAGAAGAAAAAUGACAAGGGAAAGGGUAAGCUGGGGAAGAAGUUUUGA